AUGGCAGACACAGACAUCCUCCCCCCGAAAAAGAUCGCUCGCACGUCUGCCCCCCACGUCCGCCCCCGCUCCCCCGACCAGCCCUCGCACCCGUCCUCGCUCCACUCGGACACCAAGGCCCCCGCCAAGCGCGCGCGCAAGGCCAUCAACUGCGAGCCCUGCAGAAACAGCAAGCUCAAGUGCGACAGGCGAAACCAGGACCUGUCGUCCGCGCACUCCCGCCCAGACGUCCUCCAGUCCGUCGUCCCUGCCCUGACUCCCCCCGCCCCCGCCCUUCUGACCGGUCCGCCCCACAGCCCCGCACGCGCCCUCGACCCCUCCGCAGAGUUCUCGAAAAUUCGCCAGUCGCUCUCCCUCCUCGAGGCCCACCUCGCCCUCGCCCACCGCCCGUCCUCGAUCGCCUCCGCACCCGGCGUCCCCGCCUCCGCCCCCCUCUCCUACCCCUUCUUCUCCGAGUCCCUCGACCCCGACUUUCCCCCUCACGCCAGCGCCCCCGGCGCACGCGGCCGCUCCGGCCAGGGAGGGUUCUACGCCGGCCCCACCAGCGCCGUCUCCCACCUCUCUUCCUCCGACGCCAACGACACAGACGAUGCCCUCGACCCCGACCCCUCCCAGUGGUCCUCCCCCGCCUCCCUCGCAAUCCCCCCCGCCUACGACGACGACCGCGACCUCCUCGCAGAGCUCCCCCACGAGUCCAUCAUCGACGGCCUCGUCGACUACUACUUCGAGUACUGCAACUGGAUAUACCGCCACGUCAACCAGGCCUCCUUCGUCCCCGCCUGGACCCGCUACAAGUCCGGCGCAGGCGCGGACCGCAUCGUCCUCGCCACCGCCUGCAUGGUCAUGGCCGUCGCCCUCCACUACCUCCCCGCCCACAACGAGCUCCGCAAGAGCCUCCCCGCAGACAUCGAGGACCUCGGCACUCGCUUCUACAACGUCAUGCGCGUCGCCCUCCAGCGUCGCCAGGCGGAGAGCCGCGCCUACACCCUCGACCUCGUCGAGCUCCUCCUCGUCCGCUGCCACUACCUCUCCCUCUCAAAGAUCGACUCGGAGGAGAUCUGGUGCGUCAAGGGCGAGCUCGUCACCGUCGCCACCGCCAUGGGCCUCCACCGCGACCCCGGCAGGAACAAGAUGCCGUUCGAGCUCGCCGAGCGCAGGCGCUGGGCCUGGUGGCACGUCAUCUUGCUCGAGAGAUGGCAGGCGUUCAUGUUCGGCCGCCCGCUCGCCAUCGCCUCGCACCACUUUGACACCGAGCUCCCCUCCUACUGCGACCCGGCCAUCGACGGCACCGGCCGCCUCUACGUCGCCAACAUCGCCCUCUUCAAGCUCGCCUACAUCCUCGGCACCAUCAUGGACGACGCCAUCUCGCUCCGCCCCGUCCCCUACGAGUCCGUCCUCGCCAACGACCGCGUCCUCCAAGACUGGCUCGACGCCCUCCCGCCCGAGCUCGACCUCGACGACUACCACCUCGUCCGCAGCCUCGGUUCCCCCGCCACCGCCGUCCGCCGCGUCGGCGUGCAGAGCAUCAUCGUCCGCACCGCCUUUCUCCACAUCCGCUUCACCCUCCACCGCCCGUACGCGAGCCUCGCCCGCGCCGCACCCAAGAUGGCAACCAGCCUCGACACCGCCGUCGCCGCCGCCGACGCCCUCAUCGCCCUCGUCGCCCAAGCCCGCCCCGAGAUCCUCUCCCACGCCGCCCUCUCCGUCCCGGGCCACCUCAACUGGGGCCCCGCCCACGUCUUCUCCGCCGCCAUGUUCUUCUCCUUCCAGCUCGUCAACAACCCAGACCAGCGCGGCGCCUUUGCCCGCCGCGCCAGCGUCCUCCUCGCCGUGAAGACCCUCGAGGGCUGCCGCGGCAUGCCCGUCGCAGACAAGGCCCUCCGCAUCCUCCGCGCGCUCGCACCGCUCUACGCAGACGAGUACCUCCGCGGCGGCGCGGGCGCGGGCGCGGCGGACCGCGCGCGCACCCGCGCCACCGUGCUCGCGCGCGUGCGCAGCCUCGCGUUUCCGUACCACGACUCGCCCGCGGUGCCGUUUGGCGCGGCGGAGAGCCCGCGCGUGGGCCCGCUUAGCCCGACCACGCCGUCGAGCGCGACGGGCGCGAGCCCCGAGGCGGGGCGGCUGACGCCUGGCGCGGACCAGCAGCAGCAGCAGGGGAUGCAGCAGCAGGGGUAUCAGCAGGCGCCGAUGAUGGCGCUCCAGCCGCCGACGCCGCAGCACAUGGCGUACCCGGCGCACGCGGGGAUGCAUAACGGCGUCAACGGCAACGGCGUCAAUGGCGCCAACGGCAACGGCCACGCGCACCUCGCGCCUCACUCGCACUCGCACUCGCACGCGCACGCGCAUUCUCAGCAUCCGCACGCGCACGUCCACCAGCAGCAACAGCAGCAGCAGCAGCAACAACAGCAGCAGCAGCAGGCGUCGCACCAGUCGCACCAGUCGCACGCGCACCACGCGCACUCCACGCUGUGGGGCGCGUCGAGCGGGUUCGAGCAGGGCGAGUGGGCGCAGUUCUUGGACCCGUUCCCUCCUGCGGGCGCGGCGCAACAACAACAACAACAACAACAGCAGCAGCAGCAGGGCGGGCAGGGAGCAGGGGGCGCACAGCAGCAGCAGCAGCAGGAGGCGGGCGCGGGUGCGGGCGGGGGUGGGGCGAAGGUGGGCGCGGGGGUGGGGAGUGCGGCGGGAGUGAAUGGGGCGGGGGCGAUGCGCGCGAUGGGUUAGGAGUGCGUGUGUGCGUGCCGUUGGGGGCGUCGGAAUCGAACGAACGAACGAACGAACGAACGAACGAACGAGGGCGGGCCGGUGCGGCGCGGCGCGGGGGGCUGCGUUUUGCGGGGGUGCGUCGGCCGGGACAGCAUCGGCCUCCACGCGCGCGUCCGCCCGCCCGUCCGCAUGCGUGUUCGCCCUCGUCGCCCGCCAUCGUCGCCGCCCGUCGCCCGCGGCCCGCCCGCGCCGUUAUUCUGUUUUUCUGUUUUCUGGGUUUUAUGGUCGUCUGGGGCGCGCGGGCGUCUUGUAUCAUACUCACACUCACCCUCACCCUCACCCUCGCCCUCACCCUCUCUUUCUCUCUCUCUCUCACCGCCACACACUCUUCCACACUCUCGCGUCCGCAACUUCGUCUGGCCCCUGUUGGCGUGGCCACGCCGUCUCGUCGACUCGCCGACUCGCCUCGCCACCCCUCGCAUCCCCACGCGUCUCCCUUCGGCACUCGACUCGACUCGACUCGACUCGACUCGCGCUAGCGCUCGGUGGUGGUUCGGCGCGGACGGGCGCAUCUACGAUACCUUCUCCCUCCCUCCCUCCGCUCUCACUCGCGCUCGCGCUCGCGAACAUACUCGCAUUCACACUUGCAUUCACACUCGCACUCGGGCUGCGCGCGGUUCUGCUGGAAGAACACUCUUCUGCCCUCCGUUCCUGUCUCUCUCUGUUUCUCUCCGCUUCUCUCUGUUUCUCUGUUUCUUCUGGUUUCGUGGCUCGUGGCUCAUACCGAAUGCUGAAUACUGACCGGUGUAUAUAUCAUACGUUGUACUCGCUCACCUCAUACCACCCUCCACUCUCUUUGCUUACUCUCUCACUGUUUCUGUUUUUGUCUCUUUAUCUGCUUCUGUCUCUCUUUCUCGUGUGUCUCGAUUCCCAACUGUGUCGCUUAUCUUAUACUUCUUACUGUUUCUCUCCACCUCCAUCUCCACUCGUCGGCUCCACCGGCUCUAUAUCUCACUCUCUCACCUCUUUCUUUCUUUGUCUCUGUGUCACUCUAUCUGACGUCCCACUGUCUGUCUCACUGUCUAUGUUUCGUUUCGUUCUGGUAACUAACUAGCUAGUCCUGUGCGUGUCGUCCUGUCACCGCCACUGUCACUGUUUACUGUCUACCGUUCACUGUUACCCGUCCCGUCCCGUCCUGCGCUAGCGCUAGUACGACUUGCGGAUAUGCUUAUCGCGACUGCGGCU